UCUUGUGACCAAAAUGUUGUUAUGUAACAAUCUUUUAAGGUGAUUUCCUCUUAAGAUACCCUUUCAGGUAUAAAUAAUACUCGGAACCAAGGUUAUUUGUAAUUUUUAUAUUAUCGAUCUCGUUUCUGUUCUGGCCGAUCUCAACCGUAAAGAUAUGAAAAUUAAGGUAGAAAUUGAUUUUGUAACUGCGUGAACAACUCGAAGGUGCAUACUCAGUAUGUGGGAACUGUAGUACGUAGUCAAGCGUGAUUCGCUAGUUGAGAUGGUACGAUGACGACACAAGAAGAUUGACGGCUUAGAAACGUCAUCCGUAGUGUCACCUUUAUAUGCGGAGACUCUAGUUUUCCCUGUCAGAUAGCAGCUAGUCCCCGUUGUAUCAAUUUGUGAAGAAAGAGAAUAAAGAAGAAUUAACUUACCAAACGACGAGUGUUAGAAAAUUUACUUCUAACAUAUGUCGAAAAUGAAUAAAAUGUUUGACAGCACUCAGUAUUCUUGUUUCCUUCGCAGUUCCCAUACCACUGAUGUUAAGAAACCACUGUGAUCAAGCCCUAAAAUUCAGUAUCUUGAGCUUAUGUUAUGGAAGCGACGGUGAACUCUGAAUUAAAAGAAUCUUUUGAUCACUUUCGAAGAAAACUUCCAUCUUUCGGAUGGCAUUCUUGAGCCUGAAGGCAACUUUGAUCUUGAUCCUUGAGAAUGUUUCGACAGCGUUGAUGCCAGUUUGAUUCAUUCAAGUCAGAGCACGUUUAUAUGAAAUCAAAUCUUAGCUAUGCCUCAUCAAUGUUUAUACCAUUCGAUAAAUCAUAUUAUCUGCAAGAUGCAUACCCCACUAUCUCUAUUGACCCCCCCUUUAAAAGAAUAUCGAAGGCAACUUCAAGAGAGUUUAGAGUUCUAUAAAAAAAACGCUAAUGUACGAGUAAUUAUAUAUAUAUAUAUAUAUAUUCUUUCAGUCAUCGCAAGUUUGAUCAAACGCUAUUCGACCGUGUUAAUACUUCGACAACGAGUCAUCUUUGCUGGGGAUUUCGUGUAACCCAACGUGACUCACUUCUUGUUUGUCACCUAACUCAUCAAUAUGUUCAUCUUUAAACGAUUAAUGCCUGCCCCUGAAUUACUGAAAUCAUUUUAUCAUGUUUUUUCCUUUCAGAAAAAUCUCCCUGGUUUAGCCACAGACUAACAUGAACCAUUCAUCAACAGUGAAACUGCCAUGAACAAUUCAACAACCGAGAACUCUCUUCCCACAAAACAUCUUCGCGUCAUUGCAUGGUGUAUAUCAUACGGAAUCGUAGCAGUACUCAUUACCAUUGGCAACAGCCUUACCAUUGCAAUUUUUUCAAACAAGAAAUUUCCAAGGAAAUUCGGCGGCUACUUUUUGAUGAAUUUGGCUGUCGCUGAUCUAAUGGUGGGUUCUUCUGCUAUGCCAAUGUACAUCUAUAUUGUGUACGCCCUCAGUUAUUCGUCAAUCGACAGAAGUCUUUUGCUCUUCCAAGAGGCUUAUGUGGUUGUAGACGUCUUUACUGGUCUUGCUUCUGUGUUCACACUGGCUUGUAUCGCACUCGAGAGACUCUAUGCCGUACUUUACCCAAUGACAUACCGCUGGAAAAAAACCAAGACAGGUUAUUACAAGGCUAUAACCAUGGUAUGGGUUACAUCAGGAAUAGCGUCUGUUGUUUACAUUUUAAGCUCUCGAAAUCUUCUUUUCAUUCUGCCUAGAGCAACUUUCAUCUAUUAUUUAACAAUUUUGUCUGUUCUGUCUGUUUUUGUCAUUUCUGCUGCCUACGUGACCGUUUCCGUUCGUGUUCAUCUAUGGAACAAGGCUAAAAUGGAUAUGUGUGUUUCCAAGCAGGAAAAACGCUUAGCAACCGCGUUGUACAUAGUUACGGUUGUUUUCGUUUUAAGUUGGACUCCUUUUCAUGCCAUGAACAUUAUUGCGAACUUUACAAGCACAGCUUUGGAGAGAAUACCUGUAGACCUUGUUUUCUCUGCAAAGCUGCUUCACUAUGGUAAUUCACUAGCAAAUCCUGCCAUUUAUUCUCUGAAAAUACCCGAGUUCAGAGUAGUAGUGAGGCGCAUGUUUUGUAAAAACUGGGUCAGAGAGACUCGAGUUUGAUUGAUUGUAUUGAUUUGAUAGUGGUUGACUUUACACAUAAAGGAAACGGAGCAAUAAUUAGUUGGGGCCAAUAUCUGAAGUGCCAAUGAAGAAAUUAACAGCUUCCUUACAAUUAAAGUACCAGUGGGUAUGGUGACACCUGUCGACGCCUGACGCAUGAAAAUAGAGAAAAAGAUUUAAUAUUUAGUGGAGUGCCGCACGCACAAAAGAGUCACUAAAAAGAAAAAAACUGAUUUAAAAACAGUUUAAAAAGAAUGUCAGUUUAAAACACCUCAGUCAUACGGCAUGAGAUGAGUCUUUUCGUCUAAAGAUGAGGUAACACAUUUUGAAAGACCCAGCAAACGAAAGCAAAGCUUAACUUCUAUUCAGUAAGCUUUAACUUUUUAUGAAAGUCACGUUGCAAUUCUUGUUUCAUGCAUUAUACAAUCCCUAUGGGAUUGGGAAAACCUGAAAUGAACGUUUCGUGCUUCCUACUGAACUU